GCGGCAGCGUGUGACCGAGCCGCGGGGCAGCGAGCGGGGCCGGGGCCUGGGAGCACAGAGCGGGGCCUGCUGCGGGACAUAAGGGAUCGGGGGCACGGCAGUUGCUUAGGAAACAGAACAAGGCUGCUGUGGAGUUUACAAGAAGGUGCUUUCAGACGGUCAGGUUCCAGUUAGCGAAAAGGAUGUUUGCUGAUUUGGAUUAUGAUGUUGAGGAGGAUAAGCUAGGGAUCCCCACUGUACCUGGGACAGUGACCCUGAAGAAGGACUCCCAGAACCUGAUUGGGAUCAGCAUUGGGGGAGGAGCACAGUACUGCCCCUGUCUCUAUAUUGUUCAGGUAUUCGAUAACACCCCAGCAGCCUUAGAUGGGACUGUGGCAGCGGGUGAUGAAAUCACAGGGGUCAAUGGCAAGUCUGUCAAAGGGAAGACCAAGGUGGAAGUGGCCAAGAUGAUACAGAUGGUAAAGGGAGAAGUAACAAUUCACUACAACAAACUUCAGGCUGACCCAAAGCAGGGCAAGUCUUUGGACAUCGUAUUGAAGAAAGUAAAGCAUCGACUGGUGGAGAACAUGAGCUCAGGGACAGCAGAUGCACUGGGGUUAAGCCGAGCCAUACUUUGCAAUGAUGGACUGGUGAAGAGAUUGGAGGAGCUGGAGAGGACUGCAGAACUGUACAAAGGCUUGACAGAACACACCAAGAGUCUUCUCAGAGCUUUCUUUGAGCUAUCCCAAACGCACAGAGCAUUUGGAGAUGUUUUCUCUGUCAUUGGUGUACGGGAGCCUCAACCAGCUGCCAGUGAAGCUUUUGUGAAAUUUGCUGAUGCCCAUCGCAACAUUGAGAAGUUUGGAAUUCACCUUCUGAAAACAAUUAAGCCGAUGCUGACUGACUUGAACACGUAUCUGAAUAAAGCCAUUCCUGACACAAGGCUGACUAUCAAAAAAUACCUGGAUGUCAAGUUUGAAUAUUUGUCUUACUGCCUGAAAGUCAAGGAGAUGGAUGAUGAAGAAUACAGCUGCAUUGCACUGGGUGAGCCCCUCUACCGAGUCAGCACUGGGAACUACGAGUACCGCCUUAUCCUGCGUUGCCGCCAGGAGGCUCGCACACGUUUUGCCAAGAUGAGGAAAGAUGUGCUAGAGAAAAUAGAGCUCCUAGACCAGAAACAUGUGCAGGACAUCGUGUUCCAGCUCCAGCGUUUUGUCUCCACGAUGUCCAAGUACUAUGACGACUGCUAUGCUGUGCUCCGAGACGCAGAUGUCUUUCCCAUUGAGGUGGAUCUUGCCCGCACUACUCUGAACUAUGGGCAGAAGGACACGUACACAGAUGGGGCAGAAGAAGAAGAAGGAGGAGGGAGUGAGAGAGAGAAUAGUGGGAAGGAGGAUACAAAUGGUGAAAAGCUCAUUGAUGAUGCCUGAAUGCGCCAGUAUGGCACGGAGGAAAUGACUUUGCAAACUGUUAUAAAAACAUGUGUUUUACAUGGCGAUUCAUCCUUCGUGAUUGUCUGUGUUGUCCAGCCUGGGAUUCCUCCUCUGCUCUGGGUAGCAGUAGCUGGUUGGAUUGGGGCCAACCUCUGCAUUCUUCUCUUCGUUUGCUUGCUUGCCUGGAUAUUCCAUUUUCCCCGCAGAGUUCCAUUGCCCAACUUGGAUACUGAGUAGAGAGGAAGAGAAUCUCCUCCCACAUCGCCAUAUUACUCCAUGCGCACAGCCGAGUGUGCAGGAUGUGCCACUCCCCUCUAGCAUGUGGAUGGCUGCUGAACAUCUGGAGAUAGCUACAAAGAGUUAGCACCAGCAUUGUUUUCUUCACCUCACUGCUCGCUGUCUUCAUGCUUCAAGCUUUGGCUUAUUUCGAUCUUCCUCUCUUUCUUCCUGGAGCACAUCCCAUGAGCUCUGGGAUGGGGUGUUCUGAGGAUGAUCACUCCCAACUCUCUGCAACGCCGUUUUUAAGCAAUAAGUCAGAGCUGAUGUCUAGAACUAGCAGAGGUACGUGCAAUGCGUUCAUCCCCAACCCAGGUGGUCCAGGGGAAGCUGGAGGUUGAUGGUAGUGGCUGCCUGGUGUGGUUGGCUGCUGCAGGGAUCUACAAGACUAUUUCCUUGGCUGCUAUCCUCUUCAUAUUCUUUGAGCUCCUGCACAGUUAGCACUAUCUGUACACUCCAUAGCUCUACCCUAGGGCUGGUGUCCUCCAGUCUGUAGCUCUGCCACAUGUGGAAAAGAAGACCUUAGAUCAGAAAGUUCUCCCAGUCAGCAGAAAGAUGCUGAGGUUAACAUGUUUGUCUGAGUCAGGUUCCUGUAAGUAAGAGCAAAGCUGCAUGCAUUUCCUUUCUCUUUUUCUGUCAUAAUGCUCUUGGCAAUGGAUAGUAACCAAAUGGGCUUCUUGAGGAUGUGCAGUAAGACCUGUAAACUCCUUUCCUUGUACAGGUGCCACGAGGAACCCACUUAGGAUUGCAAAGGUGAUGUUCUGUCCUUACACUAGUGAGGAGGGGCAGGAAGCUCUGCAGUGAGGGGAAGAUAAGGCCUGUGGCAGAGACAUGGUGAUUCUGAGUGUGAAGUAUGAAUAGCACACAAAAUACUGCUCUCUUCUCUACCCACCCCAUCAGUUCUGCCAGAAGCUAAUGGCGUGCAUUCCCCAGUGCAAGGAAAGGAGGAAAAGGUAAAGCUUUUCUCCUCCCUCCAUCCCUGUUGGCAGAUCCCAGAUUCAGUUGGCACUUCUUGCUAGCAGUGGUGUGCAGCUCAGAGGCCAGGGUUCUGACUUCUCUGUCGUUACGUUCUAAUGGUAGUGAGAGAAGUUAUCGAAAGGCAUUAAUUUAAGACUGAGAUGUUUCAUUUGAUUUUUCUCUUUUAUUUUGUUUUAUUUCAUUUUAUUUUAUUUUAUUGGAGACUUAUUAUUCCCGUGGGUGCGUGGAACGAAGUCAUCCAUGGGCAAGCUGCUCUGGAAGAUGGAAAUGGACUCUUAAGUGUACUGUUGUGUGUAAUAAAGAAAAGUGUGAUA